GUCUCAACCUCGCCUGCUUUCCUCCUUCCCCCUCGCGCCAAGAAUGUCGCAGCCCAGUGGUGUUCCGAGCCAGUCAUCCCUCCGGGGACGCCCGGAUCGGCAGGCGCCAUCGACACUGCCGGCCAUCUCGAGCAAGACGCGCCUCGGUGCCGGGUCGUCCAAGACGCUCGGGGCGGGCGGCUCGUCCACACUGAGCAGGAGCAAGAUGAAGUCGUCUAGCACCGAUGCCGCCGGGGGAGGUGAGGUGCGCGUGGUGCUGAAUGGGAAGGACGUCACGCCCAGGAGUCUGGUGGCCUUUGCGCAUGCGGCGGGGGAGUUGACGACGCCUGACAUUGACAAGGAAAGGACACUUGGUAAGACCCGAUGAAUGCAUGGACUUGUAGAUAUGUGUCUGUGUCUGUGUCUCUGUGUGUCUGUCUGUCUGUCUGUCUGUUUUUCGUCAUGCAGGUGAUGUGGGUGAGGAUUUGGCCGAGCUGGACGAGGGUCUGCCAGGGGAGCCAAAGGGUCUGUCGAUGGCCUUCCUGACCACCAAGGAGCGGCCCAAGGACAAGACCAGGGAGCGGGCGGGACUGUCGCCCGAAGAGCUGGAGAAACCCGUCGCCAUCGUGCUGGAGGAGACACCCACCAUGACGUUCUUCCACCAGCCCAGCCUGUGCGUGGCGCUCGACUCUGAGGAAUACUCCGUCGUGUCUAGCAGAAACAAAGGUGGGCGAGACACAUCUUUCUGCGUCAUGUGUCCAUGGUCCUCCCCCUCGCUGUCUGUCUGUCUGUCUGUGUCUGGGCAGUGUAUGACGAGCUGAUCAAGUCUCAUGAGGACGCGGACAAGUUCAACGACCACCACUGCCAGACUCUCAACCUCCCACAGAAGGUCAAGGAAGUCAUGGCCGCGCCCCCACACGCCACAGCAGUGGGCGUCACCGCCUCACCCUUUGAAAUCUUCAACGCCUUUGCCCAGGACCCUGUCCCAAAGUGGGCCGCCAGAUGCAAUGCAUGUCUUGCCGGUGGGCCGUAUCCCAUCUCAUCCUCCCUCUCUGUGUCUUGUAAUGUAGACACGAAGAGCUGCAGAUGGCGUACCAGAGUGACGCCUCAGAUCUCAUGAGCAAGUCCAUCAGCAAGCCCGGGACUCUGGUAGACGUCAAUGCGCAGCCCGCAGAGGGCCCUAGGCUGGGCACGAGGCUGCACAAACACGAGAAGGGCGGGCCGCAGGGACCGCUCAGCGCCACGCUAUCGGCACAGAGAAUCUCUAAGUGAGCACGCACCACUAUGGCCGUCUCGUCAAUCCCUCUCCCCGUCUGUCUGUCUGUCUGCUCAGAGAGAGUGGUAUGUCUCUGACGGUGCCCAAAGCGUCCUUCACCAAGGCCAGCCGACAGCAGCAGCAGCAGCAGCAGGGCUUGGACCGUGUGAGCGUCUCGUCAGGGUCGCAGAAGCCGCCCAGCGAGGCGGGUGUAUCGGACACCCCCGAGCAGCAGCGGAAGAAGGCCAUCAAGGAGGGCGAGGGGACGGACAAGGACGACGCCGCAUCGGACUUACCCCUCAAGGAACAGGACGCAAUGCCGUGGCUCGUCGGUGAGUCGGAUGGCACAUAACAUAUGGCAGAGAGACGGGAAUGCAAUGCGUUUGUUUGUGCAUGCAGGUGCCGACGAGGUCGUUCCGGCUGAGCUGAACGAGGCCCUUCGGGUCAUGGAACGCAUUGUGAGCCAAAACGUCUUCCACGACGCACACAUGAUCUAUCGGUCAGUAGCUACACACACACACGCCCAUCAACCUCCCACACACCUUUCCCCUCUUCAUCUACGCACGCAGCAACUACCCCACACUAGAGGAGCUGCAGUCCAUCGAAGAGGCCUGCGAGAAGGACUUCGCCUCUUCCAUGGCGGCCGCCAACAGACGUCGAUCGACCCGCCUCGAGAAAAGCGGCGUGGUGGCUGCCAGGGACGCCGCAGCCGAGAGGGAGAGGGAGGCCAAUGGGGGCGGGGGGGAGCAUGAGGAGGGGGAGGAAGAUGUGGAGGGGGAGGAGGCGCAUGGUGGGGGGAAGGUGGACCAGAGCGCGCCGAGACUGGAGGACCUGUUUUGCUUCGAGUGCCCCAACCUCACUAAGUGAGAGACCCGGGAUGGAAUGGAUGGAUGGAUGGAGGCUGGUUCUCUAAUGUAUUCACUCACUUUGUGUGUGCAGGGAUAUGUCAGUCACGUGUGCCGAAUGGAAUGUUGCAAACCAGGUACACACACAUACAUACAUACGCAUGUCUCUAUGUCUUGAUGCGUAUACAUCUGUGUGUGUGUGUGUGUAGGAUCUGUUGGCGGUGGGCUACGGGGAGAUGUCAGCGGUGCCGACCGAGGGGCUGGACGGCCUGGUGCUCUUCUGGUCACUCAAGAACCCCACCUACCCCGAACGAGUCCUCAAGUGAGCACACGCCACGCCAGGCAGUGUUACACCUGUGAAUCAUGUGCACGCGAACGUGUGUGUGUAUAUCAGGACCAAGACGGGCGUGACGGGUCUUCACUUCUCGUCUGUGCAUCCCAAUCUGGUGGCCGCCGGCACGCACGACGGCACCGUCGCCAUCUGGGACCUACGGUAUGCUCACCUCACCUUCACGUAACACACGAUCCAUCCUCCCUCCCUGCCUGCCUCUCCCGUCAGUCGUCCGCAGGACCAGCCCAUAUUGGAGAGCGGCGCGUCGAUAUCGGCCAACAGCGACAGAAAACACACCGACGUCGUAUGGGACCUCAAGUAAACCACACAGAGACAGAGACACACACACAGAGACAGAGACACACAUGAGAAACCACCGAUUGCAUCUCACACACACUUCCACACACAUGUGCAGGUGGGUUGACCAGGGUGCUGACAAAGUGCCCCGCGAGUUUCUGGCCUCGGUAUCGUCUGACGGCCGGGUGUACCAGUGGAAGCUCAAGAAGGGCCUCGAGCAGUCCCUGCUUAUGGCGCUCAAGCGCCUGUCCAACCCAAGACUCGGAGGCACCAAUGUCAAGGAAGGUCCGGCCCGCAGCCAUCCAUCCAUCCACUGUACCAUAUGCUGGGUGUAUUUGGUGUUGGCAGGGGUGAUAUUUCGCCAGGCGAGCGGGAUGUGCAUGGACUUCCCGCGGGGCGACUCGUCGACCUACCUGAUCGGCACCGAGGACGGGCUCAUCCACAGGUGCUCCACAUCCUACAACGAGCAGUACCUCGACACCUACUACGGACACAGCGGUGAGUCAGGAAAAUGCAAAUGCCCCCCCCGUGUUUUGAAGAGAGAGAGACCCACCCCCUCAUAUGGCAUCCAUCCAUCUGUCUGUGUGUGUGUAAUCAGGUCCUGUGUAUCGGGUGCGGUUCAACGACUUCUGGCCUGAGGCGUUUCUCAGCUGCUCCGCCGACUGGACCAUCAAGCUGUGGACGCUCAAACACACUGAGGGGCCUGUCGCCACCUUCCAGGUGUUCUUGUUUUAGCAUCUGUCUGUGUGUCACAUGCGCUUGCUGUGUGUUGUGUGCAGUCGACGGAUUUGUUUGACGCCGUGAAUGGGCUGACAUGGUCGCCGCACAACGCCACAGCAUUCGCGGCUGCCAUGGUGCGUCUCCCUUCUUAGACCCAUACGCGUGCGUGCGCUUGUAUGUGUAUAUGUGUGUGUGUGUGUGUCUCCCUCCCUCCCUCCCGCUGCCCUCCCUGUGUGUGUGUCUGGGGUCAGUCGGACGGUCGUGUGGAGGUGUGGGAUCUGUCGAUGCACAUCCUCGACCCCAUGGUGGUCCACUACCCCGGCAAAGCACACGUAAGUAACCAACCACACACCACACACACCAGCCAUCCACACAAACACACACACAGACAGACACAGACACCACUCUCCGCCGCCGCCUCCUCUCUCCGUGCCAUGGGCAGGGCCGUGAGAACCGUCGGCGAACAGCGGUUCGUUUCGCGUUGAACAGCCCGGUGUUGGUGGCAGGCGACGACCAUGGCGGUGUGGAGGUGAUGCGGAUGUACAACAUGGAGACGCCCAACUACUCCAUCAAGGAGCAGCAGGACAGACUCAUGGCAGUUGUACAUGCGCAAAAGAAAAAGUGAGUGACCUGUGUGUGUGUGUGUGUGAGUGUGCGUGUGGAUUUAUGUGUGUGUGUGUUGUUGGGAAGGAAAG